AUGCUUUUUGCAAAACAAAAAAAAAAAAAUAAAAAGGAAAACCCACCAAUAUGUCAUAGAAGAUUAGGAAUAUUUAAAAAAAAAUUAUAUAAAAAUAAUCACCAGCUGAUAUACAUUUCUUUAUCGGGACAUGUCUAUACAAGUCCUAAUUAUAGAGAGAUUUCGGAAUUUGACAAUGAUAUUCUCACAAAAUUGAACAUAUCAAAAACAGGAGAAUAUUCCUCAAUAAACAAUGACCAAUUUGUAUAUGAAACAGUGAACGAUCUAAACAAAAUAGAAAAAUUUAUUCAUGACGAAAAGAAUUUUGAAUACUACUACAUACCACCAUCUAUCAUAAGCAAAUAUAAUAAAAUUGGAAUAUAUGAAUUGCACGAUGAGCAAAUCGAAUUUUUAAGAAAUGCUUUUGAAAAUGAAUAUAUUGAAAAUGGUUUAAAUAAUAAAAAAGAUGAUAUAAUAUACGAUGCUACACAUGUUCAAGAUAUAAAUGAGAUAUUGAAUUCAGAUUUUUUUUCUGCCUUUGAAAAUUUUAGAGAAAAAGGGGAAAUGAUAAAAUGCCUGCACAGUAAUGUAAUGACAGAACAUGUUCAGGAAAAAAAUAUGAACACAACACCAAUAAAAAAUAUUCAAAAUGAUAAAGAAUUUUAUAAAAACUUUUUGUUUAGUAUGCCAACAGGAAUGGGAAAAACUUUAAUUUAUGAUAUUAUAAUUAUACGAUUUAUUUUAUACAAAGGAUAUAGAGUUAUAUUAACUUUACCAACUGUAUCACUAAUAAAUGAAAAAUAUGAUUAUUAUGAAAUGCUACUAGGAAAUGAUACAGUCUCAUUAAAUAUAAAAAAAUUUAAUAGCUUUAAUUUUACUGGUUAUUCUUAUAGUACAUCGACUGAUAUAGCAUUAUGUACAUAUGAACAAGCUAAUAUUAUAAUUAAUAUUAUAAUUAAAAAUAAUUUUAAAUCAAAUUUUAUUUUUAUUAUUGAUGAAAUUCAUUAUAUCAAUGAUUUACAAAGAGGGUUUUUUAUUGAAUCCUUAUUAACAAAAAUUAAAUAUGCUCAAAAAAAUUACAAUCAUAUUUUUAAUUUACGAGCAUAUGGUUUCUCUGCAACUUUGUCCAACAUCGAUCAUAUCGGAAAAUGGCUGGAAGCGAAGAUACGAGUAAGUAGCAAAAAGACCCAAAAAAUAAAAUACCUGUAUAAAAUAAAAAAUGUGAUGUAUAAAGAUAUAGAACAAAAAUAUAUUGAAAGGACUUUGGAUAUUCCAUAUGUAUUAGAUCCAGAUCAUUUAGGAUAUAUAUUAAGUGAAGAAUUAAUUUUAAAAAGAAAUGUAUUAAUAUUUUGUUCAACAAAAAAACAAAGUGAAAAAGUUGCAUCAUUUAUUAGUAAUGUAAUAUCUCAUUAUUUAAAAAAUAAUGAUUUUAAUAUAAGUAUUGAAUUAUUAGAAAAAAGAAAAAAUUUAAUAAGUCAAUUAAAUGAGGUAAAAGAUAUAAAUAUAAGAAUUGUAGAAAUUGAAAAAUUAAUUAUUAAUGGAAUUUUUUAUCAUCAUGCUGAGUUAGGAAAAAAUGAAAAAGACAUUAUUGAGAAUGCCCUCAGAAAUAAUAUACUUUUUUGUCUUUGUUGUACAACCACUUUAUCUGUUGGUGUAAAUUUUAAUGUGCAUACAAUAAUUAUAAGGAAUAUAAAAAUAGGUAUGUCAUUUUUAACAAAAGAUCAAAUUAUUCAAAUAUCUGGAAGAUGUGGAAGGUUAAAAAAAAAGGUUGAGGGAAAUUCCAAUUUGGCUAUAAAACCGUUACAUUAUAAUAAUACAAAAGGAAACAAUAAUUUGCAUAAUGAAACAGAAAAAUAUAAACUUACAAAAGUUAUUAAUACAAAUAAUAGUAAUUGUUAUAUCAAAGAUUAUGAUACUAAUUGUGAUGGGAAGGUAAUAAUGUUUUUAAAUUGUAAAGAUGAUAUAGAUUAUUUAAAAAUGCUAUUUCGGAAUGAUGUAGAUACAAAGACAAUAGAAAGUACAAUGAAAAAUUUUGAUCUAUGCAAAUUUAUUAUCGAACUAAUAGAAUUAAAUAUUAUAAAAACAAAAAAAGAUAUUUUAUAUUUUUUUUUUUCAUAUGCCCUUAAAUUUUGUAAAUAUGGUAUGGAAACUAGCCAAAUAAAAGAUAAUGAUUGGCCUGAAAAAUAUAAAGAAAAAAUAAUACUCGAAAUUAAGCAAAUUUUUCAAUACUUAUUUGAUAAUAAAUUAAUUGUUAUACCUUAUGAGAAAGAACAAAAUUAUUAUUAUUAUAUAUUUGAAAAAAUUUAUAAUGUCCACUUAUAUAAAAUGGGAAACAUUUUUAAUUUUAAUUUUUUAAAUCAACAUAUUAAUACAGAUAUGAUAAUAAAAUCAAAUUUACAACAAAAAAUUCAUCUCUUCAAAAAUUUAUGUAAUCAUUAUAAAUCAAAUAAUAUAUUAGACCAAGAAAAUGAAAAAUUUACAAUACCAUUUAUAACAAUUUUAUCUAUUUUUAAAGAUAGUCAUAUUAAUAAAAAUAUAUUUCCAAAUUUAUUUGUCCAAUUCAUUAAGCAUUUAUUUCUUAUUAAUAUAAACAAUAAAGAAAAUAAUAUUUAUGUAUAUGACAUUCUUGAAGAAGACGAUGAACUUAUGUGUUCCGAAAUAUCUUCUUAUGUUCAUUCGGCUUCUACUUCUUUAGAUUUUAUUUUUAAUUACUCUAUAAUUCAUACCACCUAUGUUAAAGGUAUAGACAAACAAAAAGAUAAUUAUUCAACAUUUUGCUUCUUAUUAUUUUAG